UGAAGAGCAAACCCCACCAAACACUUAAUGUUCUUUCUUAGAACUAAAACUGACCCAUAAAUUAUUGCUUAAUUACUUACCAUAUGCCUGCCUACCAAACACUUAUAAAAAGAUAUGAGGUAGCUUUGGCAUAUUAUAUAUGUUGAUAUUAACUUGGCCUUUUCUUGGGAUCCUCCCUUUGCUUCAAGUUCAGCACAGACAUGGCGGGAACAUUAACACAUCCAAACCUCAACAACCAAACUGACAUAAACGAUCUUGUCUCAGUUGAAAGUCCAAUUUCUGAUCGCUCAAGCAUUUGGAAAUCAUUUGAACACCACUACCCACCUUGUUUUCUAAGAAAGGUGGCGGCGGAGGUCAUAGCCACUUACCUCUUGGUGUUUGUGACAUGUGGGUCGGCUGCUAUCAGCGCAAUCGACGAAAGUAGAGUCUCAAAACUUGCUGCUUCUGUUGCUGGAGGUCUUAUCGUAACUGUAAUGAUAUAUGCAGUAGGCCACAUCUCCGGUGCACACAUGAACCCAGCCGUCACUCUAGCAUUCGCAGCUCUUCGUCACUUUCCAUGGAAACAGGUGCCAUUUUAUGCAGCAGCUCAAGUGACAGGAGCAAUUUCUGCAGCGUUUACCCUGCGGGUGCUGCUGCAUCCUAUUAAACUCAUUGGCACGACAUCACCCGCUGGAUCCGAUAUUCAAGCUCUGAUCAUGGAGAUCGUUGUUACCUUUUCGAUGAUGUUCAUUACCUCUGCUGUAGCAACUGAUACCAAAGCCGUAGGAGAGCUAGCAGGUAUUGCAGUUGGUUCUGCAGUCUGCAUAACAUCCAUUUUAGCAGGACCAGUAUCAGGUGGAUCAAUGAACCCAGCUAGGAGCAUAGGCCCAGCACUUGCCAGUCAGUACUACAAAGGGAUAUGGGUGUAUUUGGUAGGACCUGUGACAGGAACCCUGCUGGGGGCAUAUUCCUACAAUCUUAUUCGAGUUAAAGAUGAGCCUGUUCAGGCCAUUUCUCCCCGUUCAUUUUCAUUCAAGCUUCGCAGAAUGAAAAGCCAUGAGGAGCAGAUUAACAUGAAAGACCCGCUCAAUUCUCUGUGAAAACACCGGCUGUUGUUCCCCAUCAGCUGCAAUAAUAUCUAGGUAGCUUUUUGAAAAGCACAUAAGAUUCUCAUAUGAGUAGAAACUCUAGAGCUCCAGCGACUCUGCAAGUGAAUGCUGUGAAGCCGUGGGACAAGUUGAUAUGAAAGCUAUGUAUUUUGCAUCUUUUUAAUACACCAAACAUUUCUGUUUAACUAAUUUGUAGCCAAAAAAAAUUAGUUUACACAGUCCCAUCAAAGGAAGAUUGUCCAAGCAUCUAACUUCUGAAAUUUCAAUGAAACUAGGCAGUGCACAUUUGUUACCUUUAAUCUAUAUGUUUUAGCAGCUUUUAGGAACCAUCAAAUCAUCAUUUUCCAGUCUUUGCCAUGGUUCAUGCAAUUGUACCUGUAGUCUUGAAGGUACCUGAGUUGGCCAUCAUAGCAGCGCAACUGGUUCAAAAGUGGCUCGCAAGUAAUGAUCCCAUGUUGGGUUUGUUUCCUAGGUAGGCAGAAAAUUUACAGCUAAUGAAUUCUCUUCACUAUAAAGUUUUACAUUUACCAAGUCCAGCUGGAAGCUGGAGGAAGUAGAAAGUUAUCUUGUUCAGUCGGAUAGCAAUACCCAGGAGACAACAGAAUUUGUGGAUACAUACAAUAAUCAAUAAAUACCAAUGGCAAUUCCAAAUAACAUUGGAGUCGUUGGAGCCAACAUCCAAUCUGAACUUUAUGGGGCUUGGAGAGCCAGAUGCAUUUUUAAAAUAAUCUUGAUU